AAUGUUCUCUUGGUUCCUGGGAUGUUCUGUCUCUGUGCUGGAUUACAGAGGCCACACGGAGACUCAUGGAUCUUAUUUUUUCCUAGUUAAUGGCUUUGGGGAUGAUGAAGAACUUUCCACAUCUUCUGGCAGUGAUGAGGAUGUGAUCAAACAGUUUGAAAUUUCCGUGUCCCGGUCCCAGAGUUUUCUUGCUGGAGCCUCUGAGCAAGGAAAGCCCAGCAUAUUGGGGCAGAAACCAAAACGUACACGUCCACUCUCUACCCAGAAGGAAGACAGCACUGAAGUGUCUGCUGGUGAAGAUUUGGAUGGAACCAGCCAACGGAGUUAUUCUGACCUUCUGUCUUGCGAAGAGCACCCUAUCUCCACCCCCUCACAAUCCUCAUGUGAAAGAGGAGAUUCCAGGUACUAUGUCACAUCUCAUCAAGAGACCAGCGUGAUCCAGAAUCUCAGUCAUCAGUCCACAGAGGGCGGCUUGGAGAUGGAGACAGCUUUUAAUACCCAUGGAUUUGAAGAUUCCUAUGCCACUGACAGCUCCUCUGUGUGGAGUCCCGAGGAACAGGAUGGGAUCAAUUUGCAGGUGCCCUCGGGGGUCUUGGAGCCAAUCUCAAAGUGCGGUGACCUAGAUGUCAUCUUUGAAUAUAGUGUUGCAACCCAAAAGCUCACAGUGACCAUUGUGAGAGCACAGGGCCUCCCAGAUAAGAACUGAAGUGAUGUCAACAACUGGCAAGUUCAUGUCGUGUUGCUUCCUAGUAAGAAACAGAGGGGCAGGACAAGCAUUCAAAGAGGGCCCAAUCCUGUCUUCAAGGAGAAGGUAACUUUUGCCAAGCUGGAGCACAGAGAUGUGGCUGCCUGUGCUGUUCGCUUUCGUAUGUAUGCUGCCCGUAAGAUGACCCGUGAGAGAAUGAUGGGAGAGAAAUUCUAUCUCAGCCACCUGCAUCCAGAAAGGGAAAUGAAAGUGACUCUGGUCCUGGAGCCAAGGAGCAAUAUAAGUAGUGGAGAGUCUCCGCUCAGCCCAUCUGCGGUUUCUCACAGCGAUAGUGCUUCAUCCAUGCAAUCGUUGUCACAUGGCAGGGCACCAGAGAUACUGGUGGGGCUGUGUUAUAAUGCCACAACGGGCCGAUUAUCUGUGGAAAUGAUCAAAGGGAGCCAUUUCCGAAACCUCGCUGUUAACCGAGUGCCUGAUACAUAUGGAAAACUCUUCCUCCUCGAUUCUGUGGGUCAAGAGAUGUACCGUUGCAAGACAUCCCUUCGACGUGGUCAGCCCAAUCCCAUGUACAAGGAGACUUUUGUUUUCCAGGUGGCCCUCUUCCAGCUCUCUGAUGUCACCCUGAUGAUUUCCAUUUAUAGCAGACGUACUAUGAAGUGUAAAGAAAUGAUUGGCUGGAUUGCUUUGGGGAAGAACAGCAGUGGAGAGGAGGAGCGAGAUCACUGGGAAGAAAUGAAGGAAAUCAAAGGACAGCAAGUGUGCAGGUGGCACACAUUACUGGAGUCCUAGAUUGGUCACCUGGUGUUCAUAUGUUAUGUGUGCAUUGGUCUCCUGUAUUUCUGGCUGUUGACACCAAGUCAGUGCAUCCCAGAAAGCUUUUUAGGUUUUCAAAUAGAGAUUUUACUAACCCUAAGACAUUCUGAGUGGGAGUCUAGGUUUCUGAACAGUUGGAUCUAGAUUUAAGUAUUAUAAUAAAACACUCAGCUAAGUGUACAGUAUGGAAAAUAUUGCCAUCAUGGAGCCCACUGAUGAAGAGUAAAUUUGUACUAAUGUAUUAUUGAGUUUGGAUUCACAUGAUGGGAUGAAGCUUCUCUUACUGUUCUCUGUUUCUUGGAAAAUAACCUGAGAUUUCAAGGGAGCUGUUAAAUGUUACUAUUUGCAAUCACUUAGGUGUAUGUUGGAAUUUUCUCAGUACAAAAAAAUUACAAAGUACAAAAAUGAAUCAGAUGCUAAGGCUCAUGGAAAAAUGCAACUGUAAUCUUAUUUCAUAUUUCUCUCUUUAGCAAAAACCUGUUUACCUAAAAAAUAAAUGUUCUAAGUUGUGCUUAUAAAAUAAAUUUGUAUUAAUCAUGUACCUCUUUUAUCUCACUUGUAUAUUAUGGUUUCUAUGAGACUUGGUUAUAUUAAUCAUUUUUCAGCUGGAAAACCCUGAAAAACUACUGUUGUAAAGUUUAUCUCCAUUUUCACAUGUAAGAUUUCAAACGUGUAAUUUUAGGCUUUUAUGCCAUCUUUCCCAUCUAGUAAAUUCCUAAGGAUUGAGAAAAGAACCAAAAAAUACGUUUUUCUGAAUCUGGUGUUUUUUGGAUUAUACUUUUUCUGUAAUCAGUGCUCAUACAUAUACUUUGAAGACAUUCCUGCGUGUAAAACAUGCUCAUUUUUAUGCAGCAUUUUCUGCCAUGAGAGCAUAUGAAAUUGCACACAGUGGGUCUUUUCUUUUUAAAAGAUUUGAUUGACUCUUGAAGAUGAGCAUCUGAGCAUCUGUGAAUGAAGAGAUAUUUUCAGCUUAUAUGAAAUGACUUUUUUUAGCAUUUGAAGUUUCUAUAUCUGGUAUUUAUCAUGGCAUCUACAACAACAUAUAUUAGUUGUUACUUACAUUCUAGGCACGUGCUAGUCAGAAAAGUGAUCAGAUAUGGUUAUGAGCAUGGAAUUUUACUUACGACUGACUUUUACAUAUUUAUGCAGUGCAUGUUUAUUUUUUUAUUCCUACAUUUUAGUUCUUAAUAUCAAUUACUUUAAAUUGGCAGUAAUAAAAAAAUACAUUUAACCUUAUGUCCAACAAGCAGCUUUUCUGAGCAAUUGCUCAGUGGCUUAUUUUUAGCUUUUUUAUGUUUCAUUGUUGACUUUUUCCUGUCUGUGUGAAGAGUGAUAGCUAGUGAUGGAUGUAUACCGUCAAAAACACAUAACUCCUCCUCAGCUCUACAUUUUGACAGAUUGUAAGCGUAGGAUGUAACACUUGAAGAACAUAUUUAUUCCUUUCAGCAUGUAAUGGUUAUCCUGACAAAACCAGAGUAGAGCACCAGAUAACUCUACUGUGACUACAAGGUUCAACCUUUGAAAGAAAUAAUUUUGUAUGAAAAAGUCAGAAUUUGCAAAAUAAAUUACUGUAUUUCUUUUCAGGUCAUGGAUACUUCGUAUACACUACCACUCAGUUGUUGGGACUGAGUAAUAAAGCCAUGCUCCUUUG